AUGGGCAGCUCUUGCUGCAAGACGGAGGCCACAGAGGUGGAGGUGGUCUCUAGGCGCGACCCACGGCUGAGCUGCCGACGCGACACACCAGACCACCGGGACUUGCACCUGGAGUUCCCGGCAAAAUCAGACACAGUUGUUGACUUGCGACCGUAUGAGAGCUUCCCCGUGUUUACGCAGGGCUUUCUGGCAAGCUGCACUGCCAACGCACUCUCAGCAGCUUACCACUUUAGCAUGCGCAAGCAGCUGGGGGACGGAUGUGACUUCACGCCGAGCCGCCUCUUCAUUUGGUACAACGAGCGUGCCCAGGAGGGCUUGACAGAUCAAAACGCCGGGACGAUGCUGCGGGAUGGCAUCAAAGUCCUACAUAAGCUGGGCGUGUGCUCUGAAGACAUGUGGCCCUAUAUUCUGCACUACUCGGGUGGCGUGCCUCAGUGGAGGCAGAAGCCGUCACAGGAGUGCUACGACCAGGCAGCGAAGUGCAAAGUGGAAGGCUAUGCGCGGGUGGCGCAAGAUGUGGAGUCUCUGAAGAACUGCCUCCGGAAUGGCUUUCCUUUUAUCUUUCUCAUGGUCGUGCUGGACAGCUUCAUGGGCGCGGAGCUGGCGAAGACGGGCGCCAUGGCCAUGCCCCAGCCGGGGGACCGGAUCCGCGGCAGCCACGCUCUGGUGGCCGUGGGCUUCGACGAGGCGAAGCGGACCUUUCUGAUUCGAAACUCCUGGGGUGAGGAGUGGGGCGACCGAGGCUACUUCCACAUGCCCUACGGGUAUAUUUGCUGCCCACUGCUGACGUGCGAUUUUUGGGUCAUCAAUUGGGUCCAGCCUUUUAGCGAGGCCAAGCAGAAAUCCUUGACCUGA